CCUAGUGAUCCAAAAAAGCUAAUCACUGCAGGUAGCCAAUACCGUGCUAGUCCUCGAGGGAGCUCAAGAUAGCCCGCACUUGGCGAUCAGUGCCAUUUUCUUAGCUUGUAUAUUCAUAGAUGGGUUUUCAAGUCACGGAGCCAACUUCGGGCUCUACCUGUGGGGGAUCUUCCUAGACUCAGGCUGGGAUAGUCUAUUUAGAGUUUGACUCCUCAACUCAUGUCCCGAGAAUUGUGGCUGUAUAAAGGCACCGGGACCCUCCCUAGAUCUGCACGCCCAUUUGGACUGGAUUUAGCUUGCCAUGUGUGGUGGCGAGGGAGAGUCGUCUGCAUCUUACUAGGCUUGCUCCUAUACUGGACUGUAAGACGCAGUUAUCAGACUCAAAGGCCGCAAGAUCAAGUUCAUUUGACAGUGAAUCGAUCACCGACGAGCAGCAAGACUUUGGAUGUUGCUUGUGUGGUUACUUCCGUCUCCAUCCCCUGGAAGAACUCUUUUACGAUUCCAGCCUUCUUUCUGACCAGUGCAAUCCUCCCAUGUUGUAGAAGAUACUAGCAUAUUCAAUACAUCAAUACAGUGGCCUUGUCACUGUACUGGUAUGUUCUAUCUUGUCAGCUUGGGAAGACGUGCACGGAUUGUCCA